AAAGGAUGUCGGUGCCGCCUCCACCGCAACCAAAAAGGAACAAAGACCAAACGAUCGUUGAAAGAUCGAGCAAAGAUCAAGCAAAGCCUCCACCGGCAACGCUUAGAAAUCUCGAUCUGGUCGCGAAUUUGCCUACAAGAACAGAAGAAAGCGAGGACGAGUAUGAAACGUUCGAUGAACAAAUAAUUGAACAAAAUCAAAGGAAGAGUAUGUUGAAGGUAGACAGCAAGCAAUCAUUGAGCAGUGGCCAUCAAAGUUCUGCGGAAAGUGUUUAUCAACCAGCAAUAGCUGAGCGGGAGUUGCUUUUCCAGCCAGAUGAUAGCGGAUACUAUUUAAAUCCCACUCGAAAGUCGACGAAUAUAGGAACACCCCCACCACUACCAGCGAAACCUCCCCCGACAUCGACUACCCCCUCUCCAACUCUAAAUCGAACAGACCUGGACAAACUGAAAGGUAUAAUUUUUGUAUAAUUUUUGAAUUCUUAUCUUUUUUUAUCCUUUAUGUGUGCAAAGUGAUAGUAGCAAAUAUAUGAUAAAAUUGUCUCUCUUAUGUUAACGCGAGUAACUCCGGUAACAAAGGAAAUGAAACCGAAUUCGUUGAAAAUGGAAGAUGCAACGAGGCAAAAAGUGCAGGCUGCAUUAAAUUGAAAGAAUAAAAAGCUCUCCUUAACUUCUCAUAAACAUGUGCGCGGCAAAUGGCUGGCCGCCAAUGUCGCUGCAACCUGAUGCACAUUGAAAUUUGCAGCCAGUCAUGGAUGAACUAUCGUGCCCGUUAUUUCGAGUUGUUCCCUACCAAAAUAUCUAACGUUUUUAAUCAAAUUAUCAGUAGCAAUCAUAUCAGUGGUAUCAGUUUACCAAUAACACAAAUAACAACAUAUGUAAAUUACAAAAUAUCCCAAGAGGAACAAUAGUGUGUAAUAUGAGUAAUAACAGAGACACGUGCAGAGUUUCAAAGUUGUUGUUCAAAUGGAAGAGCAAUGCCUCGAAGAGAUCACAAUUUCCCAAAAGCUGAUCAAACAAAAAUC